CGCGGGCUUUACUUGGUGGCUUUGCUCUUCCUGCUUUAUGUUAUAUCACUUCUAUCUUGGGAAACCCGUUUUUUGUUCAGUAAAAUGGCAAAAUCCAGUGUUUCUUUGGCUCAGGAGGAUCAGUUCAACUGUUUAAUUUGUCUGGAUCUACUGAAGGAUCCAGUGGCCAUUCCCUGUGGACACAGUUACUGUAUGAGCUGUAUUUCAGGCUGCUGGGAUCAGGAUGAGCAGAGGGGAGUCUACAGCUGCCCUCAGUGCAGACAGACCUUCACUCCAAGACCUGCUUUAGGGAAAAACACCAUACUGGCAGAAGUGGUGGAGAAUAUCAGGAAGAGAAAACUAGAAUCUGCUCGUCCUGCUCAGUGCUACUCUGAAUCUGCAGAGGUGGAGUGUGACGUUUGUACUGGGAGAAAAAAUAAAGCUGUGAAGUCCUGUCUAGUGUGUCUGGAAUCUUAUUGUCAGAUUCAUUUUGAACGUCAUGAAGAAUUUCACUCUAGAAAGCAACACAAAGUGACUGAUGCCACUGGACGACUGCAGGAGAUGAUCUGCCCUCAACAUGACAGACUGCUAGAAAUGUACUGCAGAACUGACCAGUGCUGUAUUUGCAUGCUGUGCUUGAUGAAUGAACACAAGACCCAUGAAACUGUAUUACCAGCUGAAGAGAGAGCAGAGAAACAGAAACAUUUUAAAGAGACACUUCAGCCAAAAAUGGAGGAGAGACAGGUGGGGCAACAGAUGCUGAGAACGACUGUAAAGUCUCACAAGCGCUCUGCACAGGCAGCAGUGGACAACACUGAGGCAAUGUUUAAUGAGCUCAUCCAGUUCAUUGAGAGAACCCGCUCCGACGUGACACAGCUGAUCAGAGAACAGGAAAAGGCUUCAGUGAGUGAAGCUGAAGGACGACUGAAGCGACUGGAGCAGGAGAUCGAUGAUCUGAGGAGGAGAGGCGCUGAGCUGGAGCAGCUUUCAUGCACAAACAAUGACAUCUAUUUCCUCCAGAGUUUCCAGUCUCUCUCUGUUCCUCCUGGAUCUACAGACUCAUCCAGCAUCAGUUCUCGUCUCUCUUUUGAUGAUUUGAUAACGUUGGUCUCUCAGCUGAAAGAGAAACUCCAGCAGACUGUUAAGGAAGAGAAAGCAAAGUUAUUUCAAACAGUGGAAUGCAUCAAUGUGAUUCCCACCCCUAAAGUCAAGAACAGGAGGAAUAAGUUACUACAAUAUUACAAGCAGCUGACAUUGGACUCAAACACAGCUUUUAAAUCCUUGAGGCUGUCUGAGGGGAACAGAGUGGCGACCAGAUUGAGAUAUGCUCUGCGGUAUCCUAAUCACCCUGACAGAUUUGAUCGUUUUGGUCAGGUAUUGUGUACAGAGAGUGUCCGUAGACGCUGUUACUGGGAGGUUGAGUGGAGUGGCAGAGGAAUGUGUGUAUCAGUAUCAUACAAGACCAUAAAAAGAAAAGGAUGGGGAAAUGAAUGUCUUUUUGGAUGUAAUGAUCAGUCUUGGAGUUUGUACUGCUCUGACACCAGAUGUUUAUUCAGGCACAAUAACCAAGGGACUGAACUCCCAAUAGUGUCCAGCUCAUCUAGAAUAGGAGUGUAUGUGGAUCACAGUGCAGGAACUCUGUCCUUCUACAGCAUCUCUGACACAAAGAGCCUCAUUCACAAAGUCCACACCACAUUCACUAAGCCGCUCUACCCUGGGUUUGAGGUUUACAGUUGUUCUGAAGUAAAAUUGUGUGAUCAAGCAUAACAGACAGACCUUUGCAGAUAAGGUGCUUUUCCAUUAGAGCUGCAUGAUUAAUUGUUAAAAUACUGCCAUCUCUCAAAUGACAGCAGUUUGCAUGUCUAUUUAACAUUUGACAAGUAUGAUCACAGUGUUUGCUCAAAUCUGAUUUGAACUGUUACAGAGAGCAGUCGUCAUGUAUAGUUAUGAAACUGACGUUGAUAUUUGGUUGUUUUUAGGUUGCGUUGAUAAGUGACCAAAAUCCAACAUCGUGCCAACAUCCAAUAGCUGUCAUAGUGGUAAUAUAUAAACAACGCAACCCAGGCUCAUUCUGAUGAUGUACUUCUAUAUACAUUUCUGGAGACCCCCAAAUACGUGCCAGGAGCUACUUUUUUUGCAGUUUUUGUUUUCGUGAAUCCACGAGAGGCCUCUGUGUAUGUUUUUUUAAGAACCUAAAUUUCUCUCGUGAGUGACAUUUGUGCCUGCGGUUCUCGCGUAAAUCCUGGCCUCUGUCGACUGAAUGUUUGUCUGACUGACCGAUUGACUGACCCACCCAAUUCCCUAAACCAAACCGACAAAUUUAAAGAGCAAUUCAUAAAAAGAAAAGCCCUUGUCUGAUUUUUACCACAUUCCCACCCUGUUAUUUACUUGUCUGUUUUAUUUUUUGGCUUCUGUUUUUGUCUUACCUGCUUUCUGAAACCGUUCUUCAUCGUCGUCGUGGUCAUCUCCUCUCUGCGUCUCAAGUCCACCGACGUACAUGGUGAGCUAACUGGACAAACUGAAAACAGCGGGAAAAGCCGUCCAUAUGGAGGUAAGCGGCCAGCUAGUAAGCGUGAAAUGGAACGGCGUCAUAUCGCCCUGUAGCACUUACUUAAAAAAAUUAAAUGCAGCCAUGCGUACUUCUGGCUACAUAAUUCACAAUCUCCAGAAAUGUAUAGAGAGCUACGUUUUCAGAAUGAGCCUAUGUUACAGCAACAUCAAGCUGUAACAUCAUUAGACGUUGAUAUUUGGUUGUUUUUAGGUUGCAGUUGAAAGUGACCUAAAUGUAACAUUUGUCUGACAUUGGACACUGACGUCGGUCUGACGUUAACCCGAUUUCAAUUUCGUUUAAACCAAAUGCAACGUCUCACGUUAUUUGUUACCUAAUGAGCGUUCAAAAUAGAACUUGUAGAUUGUAUCAGUAAUAAGCAAGUGGCAAAAAACAGGGUUGCAUUUGUUCAAAAAUACUGAAUCUUCCAGCAAGUAAGAUCUUUAUGAAUGUUACUGAAUCUUACAUUCAAACCAUGAUUAAAAGACAUUAAAGUUAACAGCUAUAUAAACUCAACUGUUUUUAAAAAUUUAUUUAGUUUUCUGUGUUGUUGUCUGUUUUAGAAUCCUGUAAGAAUUGUUCACAGUUUCUCUAGAAAUGUGCAGCUCUGUUUUCCACAUAUUGCACUGUUUUGGGUACAGGAGCUCUUUGAAAAAAAAGAGAAAAAAAAAAGGGGGGGUGGCAUUAAUAAAAUUUACGAUAUAGCAUAUUCAUGCACCACAAACCUUCAUAAGAUCUGACCUUGUUAAAUCAACCCUUUGAUGAUUAUGGAGGUUAUGUUUAAACCCAUAUGUAACAAAAAUGGAUCCCACCUCUCAUGAAAUAAAACAUCUUUGCCAUGUAAGACACAAGUUAAGUAGUCCAGUGGUACAUAUUCAAGUAUUACCCUGUGCCAUAAAGACUUUGUAGGAGUUUUGUCCUUUAUCCAGUUCAGGAGAAUACAUUUUCUUGCACAAAAUAUCAGGAACUUGCAAAGUGUUUUUUAUUUGUCCAUAUUAAUCUUGUUGAAUAUCCCAAGCAGCAUAUGCUUGGGGUCACAACCAAUAUUAAUAGAUAAAAUACCAUUAAUUUCUUGUUCAAUCAUGGACCAGAACUUUUGAAUUUCCCUGCAAAGCCAGAAACAAUGAACAAGGUGUCCUUCCUCAGUUUUACAUUUUCAAGACACAUUGGUGACAACUCCUCUUUAAACUUGUGCCUCCAUGAGGGAGAGAUGUGAGCUCUAUGUAGAAUUUUCAGUUGCAUUGCUUUUACUCUGUUACAUACACUUAGGGAUGUUGCAUUUUUCCAAGCUUCCUUGCAUUGAUCAUCUGUGAUUCUUUUUGCUAUUGUUGUUACUAGUAAAUGUGAUUUUCUGCUGCAUUCUCCACUGCCGUUUAAACUGAGGUGUCUAUACAGCGAUGCAAGACUGAAGAAAAGAUUGUUACACUGUAAACAAAUCCUGGUUGCCUUCAGUUUUUAAGCUGAAUCUUGAACUUAAAACUGCUUACGUAACGUAUGAAAUUAAGUUAGAACAUGAUUAACUUAGUUUGAUAACUUACAAUGAACUAAAAACGUGCUGUCAGCACUAAUUGUUCAUACACUUUUUUUACAGAGUAGAAAACAUGUAUAUCAGACUUAUGAUGUGUAUAAGAAGAAAAUAAAUCUGCCUUGUUUUGUAUGACUAUUUGCUCAUUCAUAAUAAAAUUUUAAUGACAAUGUA